UGCGUGAUGACACGCAAUCAGUAUGCGUUUUCAUUCGUGGUGCUUUACCGCCGACCAUUCUCAAUGCCUAUGCAAAGAGCAGAAGAGUACACAAAGUACACCAAUUACUUACAAAAAUCCAUCGUUCGAGAGCUUAUGAAUAUGAAUGUUUAAACACUUUUAAAAAAAUUUUAGAUUUUACCAGGUUCCACACCAAUGUGCACCGUAACCGUCAAAAUAGAUAUCGAUCGAUCGAAAGAGAUUACAGGUAUUUGGUUUAUCAGAAUAUUCUGAACGAGACCUUGAAUCAAUGCGAUCGAUGUCUCUUUUCAUCCUUUAAAAGAAUAAACUUGCUGCCCGGAAUCGAAAGUACAUUAAGAAAUACUAAUUUCUAGCCGUGCAUCACAAUAUUACGGAAUUAAUGCAAUUUGUUUGAGAAUUAUUCCGAUAGGGAUUUUGGGGACAGAUUAGAUAUAACAGCAGCAAUUUCACGAUAUUGCUGUACAUGACGUCAGCAGACGAAUUAAAUGCAUUACUAUAAUUCUAUAUGAGGCAAUACCACGAAAUUCGAUUGCAUUUCGAAAGACAACAUUGCGGGUCUACGUACGAUAAUUCGUGAUUACUUUAGAAGUAACUUUAUGAUGUUAAUAAGAAAUCUUUCUUAUUCAAUGAGAGUAGCUAUUGUUAUAAUAGUCUCUGCAAACUCAUGCGCUUAUAUUGGAUAAUAAUACAGCUGAUUAUAUAGGAAAAAGAUUAUCAAAUAGAUUAUCAAAUAAUCUCCAACGAUACUAUAAUUUAAUCAUUACAUCAAUUUUUUAGUUGUAAUUACCGUAAUCUGCUACUUGAGCAGGUACAAGACAGGUACAUAUUUUUGUACCAAUCUUCUUAUUUCUUUUGCAUUAUAAUAUCUAUCACAAUUAUUGGUUAUACAAGUUAUUAAUUAAAAAUCUAAAAUAGAACAUUUUUUAUUUAUAUAGGAUAUACGCGCUAUUAAAAGGAUAAUAGAUAUUGUUAACAUGAAUAUAAAAUACGGUGUUAUUGUUUAGUUAUUUGUUUAAUCAGGCAUUAAUAGAUAUAAUACCCAGAUUUAAGGAAGUAACAAGAUUUAAGAAAGAGGAUGGAUUGUGUAUCUCGGAACAAAUUUGAAAUUUUAGAAAAUAAAGAAAUUUUUAAAGUAUCUGCGACUUUAUAUGUUGAAAUCCACUAAAUUUUCUCAUUUUUGUAAUUUUUAUCUUUCGUGUUUCAAAAUACACGAUUGAUCCCAAAAAGAUUGGUUUGAAUAUACUACUCUUUUUCUGGCUGAUAUAAUAUGCUAUUAUAAUUAUAUAUGAUCCACCCACGAUAUUGGAAACUGGUGAACUUGAUAGAAUACCGGAGCUUUAUCAUAUCCGAUGCCAGCGCGAUCUUUCAUAAGUACAUCUUGUUUGUCCAUGCCCAAUAAUAAGCGGCCGAUUAAAAGCGCUUGUACUCGAUAACGAGAUAGCUAUUUAUCGACAUCGAUACCCCGCGAGAGAACUACUGUCGUACCGGUCAUCAACGUGUCCUCACGCGCGCACGCACAAUGCUGCGUCCCCGCUUUUGUUGACCUUGAAAUUAGAGUGAAGUAAUGUGACCCAUAACGAAUCCCGAAGUGGCCUGCAGUGUAUCGCGAUUCUGAAGACGCGCGCCGCACGUGGGGACAUUCCACGUGGCCGUCUCUUGCGUGUAUGUGUAGGUGUGUAUGUGUGCACGCACUUAUUGUUAUGUCAUUAGGCGAAAAGAGACAAUGGGAAUCGUGAAGUCAAAAAGCAGGAUUGAUCUGGGAACGAAGGAUAAUAAUAGAUUCAAAACGAGGGAAGCCAGCAAGCAGGUGGAUGAAUAUGAGGACGUGGAAUUGAUGCUAUUGAGAAGAGCCAUCGUGAAUGAUCCUGACAGUUUCAUCUUAAAUAAUCUCAUGAUGUGUAUCCAGUUCUUCGAGAAUUAUGAGGAAGAUAUAACUCAAAUCAAAGAGACUCUAGUAUCCUCCUACGAAAGUGAAUUAAAUAAGGCGUUACCAUCUCAAAAACACGUUCUAUUGCCUGACGUUCUUCAGGAGCAUAUCUCACAUAACAUCGCUUUCACUUCAAAGAGACAAACCGAUGAUCUUAUUAUCGAACCACUGCAACCCGUCCGCAUUUAUGUUGUGCAUGACAAUAUUGAAAUUACGGAGCAACAUUAUUCAUCAGAAUACAGUAGCCUGAAUAAUGGGAUUACGUAUAAUAUGAUGGUGCAACCAAGUGAACAUCCUGGAUAUGUGCGGUUGCGACGUCUCGAUGAAAUGCCUUAUGUGAGCAAUUCCAUCAAGGAAGAAAACGGAAGAGCCGUCGAUCCUUCAUCAACGGCAGAUGACGAUGAGAUAUAUGACGGUGAUGGCGAAAGCGUUUACGGUCGUAAUUCAAAUAUGAUGCUUUCGCAUCAAUCCAAAAGGCGACCUGUCCAAAACUCCACAAUUUAUAAUGUCAGAUCUUUGCCCAAUUUACAUGACAACGAGACAAUAUACGAAGACCAAAUUUCCCUCUCCCACAAAAGUAUGUAUGAAACCCGAUCCAAUCAUGAUAUUAAGAUCGAGUCUGACUGCGAGCAUAUGUCUUCGAUGGAAGACCGAAGUAAUCAUAGCAAGAAAACAUGGUCGCAGAGUGAAUCGGAAAGCAGAAAGGGAAGUUACCAACAUUAUUCUCGAUUUAGCGCAGUGAAAUCAACGAGACAAAAAGUCCGUAGACCAGCGAGCAGUUCGAGUUCCGGCUACCGAUCUGGAGCUUGCGACAGUGAUAGCGACUGGAGCUACCAAACUACGCCAAAGUCCAAUAUGCAGACCGCUUGUCCAUUAAAUCAUAAUGAGACCGUUGAGGAUACAUCGACGAAGAUUUAUUCAAAUGCGAUGAUUCCGACGCAAUGUUUCAAGAAGGUGAGAAUCAACAGAGAGGGCAAGAUAUACACAUUUCGAAGAGAGAGAAAACCGCAAAAUACCAAGCAGUUUCGCCUCUUGAUGGCCGACAGACAAUACGACCGUGAUGUCCUAUAUACUAGUAGCGAAAUAUUCAUGAGUUAUUUCGUUGAUCUUUUCGUGGACCAACUGGCAGAACCGCUGGGAUUCAAUCCAGAAGAUCUGAAUCACGUGGAGGAGUCGGUCAUCUAUUGUGACAAGAUGAUCGAAUCGCACAGUCCUAGACUUCGCAGGAUAGAAUCCUUUGAAAUCUCGCCAACGAUAUGGCUACAGUGGCCGGAGUACGCACAGGAGUGGCUAGAUAGGCCGAGAAACACUUGGCCUGAUUACAAUGACGUCAACAAAGUGAAAGACUUUGGUUGCUACGUGAUUCCUGAAGACUCUUUACCAAAAAGAAGAAGCCAUCUGCCAAAAGAGUUGUCUCGGUAUCAAAGCGCCAAAAAAAACAUUUAUCAAGAGAUUGAAUGGCAGCUGGCAUUUCCAGCUGCAGAACGAUAUUUGGAGACUUGCAUGACACGUUCGCAAGUGCAAGUAUACUUAAUCGCACUGGUGCUCCACAAAACUUUCUUAAGGCCAGUCCUGGACACUAUGUAUGGCCUGACAACCUCUCAUAUUAGAAAUAAGCUAUUUUGGUUGAUCGAAGAGGACGAUCGGCCCUCGAAGUGGCCUGAUAAUCGAACUGGCGAGUGCCUAAUCAAGUUGUUGAAGAGCCUCUAUCGUUGUAUCAGUCAGAACGAACCGACUCUACCGGAUUAUUUCAUUCGCGAUAAGAAUGUAUUUAGCAAAGUGCCCACCGAUUACCUGUUACACAGUCAGAAGCAACUGAAAAGAAUAAUCGAAAAUCCUAUCAUGUACGUGUUUCAUGCAAUGGAGAAUAUCAAGCAUAGUAACAAGUUCUUUCCACGAUUGAAUUUCACGAAGCUAUUUAAUAUACUAACGGUGAAAUCAGGGCUGGCCGUGAUGAAUCCGGCUCUAGAUAUAUACAUGUCGCCACUAAAGACCGAUGAAUCCUAUAGGGAAGAAAUUUACAACAGAUCCGGUGGAUUCUGGGAUAGAACGCGAAAGAAGAAUCGGCAAAAUUACAGCACAUCAAUGACCGCGGGCAAAACGCUGAUUACUCCGCGCAAGGCCACAGACUCUAUCGUCGAAAUCUCGGAACGGUAUGCCAAAUUGGAAGGUCUAAGGCUGGCCGCUCUGUUGGACUUCUUUGUCAGACACUUCGUUAAAAUGGCCGAGUGCUGUCAUAGGUAUCGGGCUUAUCAGCAGAAAGAGGUUUAUCUCGAUCAAGCGGAUCGAUUGUCGAUCAUUCUAUCGGAGAUGACUAGGUACAAGGACGACGCUAAGGCCUAUCGCAAGAUGAUCUAUGCUGUAAGAAUGAAACCGAAGAUGAAGUCAACAACAAGAUCACAGAACGAGCCACCGGAAACGCCUAAGAGGAAUCUAGAACCUUUAUUCAGCGGUACUCUAAAAGAUCGUUUUACGCGACAAUUCGCUGAGAUCAUGAAGAGAUCAAAAGACGAGCAACCGCAAUCUAAUCAUGAUCAUACAGUCACGAAUAAGGUUACAACAACGGCAAUCCUCGAAGUACAAUUUACAAAUGACGAAAACGUGCAAGCGAGUUCUGCGAACGCAAUUACAUGCGAGGACGAAGAUUUUUAUAUUUCGAGGAAGCCUAUAUCGAAGGAUCAAAGUGACAACUCGGCCUCGGAUACAAUACAAAAAGUGGUCUCUCUAGCGGACAAUCUAAAUGAUACGACAUAUAUAUGAUAUAUGUGUUUAGAAAUAAUGCGUAGAUGAUCUGUCGAUUAAUACAAAGUAGAAAAAAAACUUUGUUGAACAAUUGCACUCGAAAUGAUCAAAAUGAUAUUUAUUAUUCUAUUUCGAAAUUAGUCGAUAAUCAAUUUAGUACGUAAUCGAGGAAGACUGAGCAUGCUUAUCAACAUGCUUGCGAAUUGACGAUAUUUGAUCAUUGUGUUAUGUAAGAAUGAACACGCGCGCACGCGCGAGCACACACACACACACACACACACACACACACAC